UAGACGAUCUCUGUGUGAGGACGUCUUGACGUGUCACCAGGGGACACUGAGGGAAGUUUCCGAUCUUAAAACCUCUCUAGUUUGAAACACGCUACAUGUAUGAAAUGUAGAGUUAGUUUUUGGUGGGAAUCAUGUCCCUGCUGCGGUGUGUCUGCGGCUCAACAUGCAGUGGAAGAGACACAUCAACGGACUCGCUUUUAGCCUCGUUUUCGUUGUCUCGUAUUUCACGAACAAGUUUGUUCUGUCGGUGCUAAAGUUCACCUAUCCCACCUUAUUCCAAGGAUGGCAGACAUUAAUCGGGGCUGUCCUCCUCCUCCUAUCUGGGAAACUGGGAUGGGUGGAAAUGAGCCGCAUCACCAGAUCUGCAGCUCUGUCCUGGCUUCCAGGCUCUUGUCUGUUUGUGGGGAACAUAUAUGCUGGUUCCAGGGCUUUAUCACGCAUCGACAUUCCUUUUUUCUUCACUCUUCAGAAUUCCUCUCAUGUUGUUAGUUACAUAAUCGUCAAGGCUGUCCGUAGAGAACAGAAGACACAAUGGCCUAAAUUCAUCAGCGUCUGCCUCAUGCUGCUCUCAGCGCUCAACCUUCCGCGUUAUGACCCUCAGUUUGACUACAGUGGUUACCUGUGGGCUGUCUGCCAUCUGCUCUGUGUUGGUGCUUACAGGGUGUUUCAAGUUCACUACAAGUCCAGUAACCUGAGUGAUCUUGAGCAACAGUGCAUUAACUACUUGUUCAGUGUGCUGCUGCUGGCCAUCGCUGCUCACCCAACAGGUGACCUCACAGGUGCCUUGGAGUUUCCCUCCCUGCAGUCGCACACAUUUCACGGUGGAUGCUGUGCCAGUGCUUUGUUGGGGUUCUUGCUGCUGUUGACCACAGUCAAGUUAAAAAGUGGACUGUCCCUCGAGCACUUUGGAGUUUGGAUUUUUUUGUCCAAGGUCACUGCGAUGUUAAUCUCCCCGUUUAUUUUCCACAUGGACAUCAACACCCCGUCUCUCUUUUGCGUGGUCGUCAGUCAUGCUGGAGAGGCCCUGCUGGUUUACGCCCAGAGAGAUUCUCAACUGUAGCUUUCAGGAUGAGUUCACAACUCGCACUUCAUAAAGAGAUUGCUUUUGAAGAACAGAUUUUAUAUUUUCAUUAUUUUUAUAAUUUCUCAUCUGCACUGAUUAUCUGCUUACCAAAUAAAACUCUUUAUAUAUGAA